AUGAUAUCCACCAACUUCAUGUACUACGCUCAGUUUCCAGGGCCCGCCGGGGUAAGGCCGGGGAUGGAAGGAAUGGCUGGAAAACCGCUAGGCAGUGGCGGCAGAGAAACCUUUGGCAUGGAAGGAAUUGUGGGCAUGGUGGGAAUGGCGCCGGCGCUGGGGAGCGGCGGCAGUGUUGGUUGCGGCAAGGUGGGAAUUGCGCCGGCGCUGGGGAGUGGUGGCAAUGCUCCUCCGAACGGCAGGGAUGGGAUGGUGGGCAUCGGAGGCAGUGCUGCGGGUUUCGGCAGUUGGAGGAGCUGUCGAGCCGCCAUUCCAUUCUCCAUGUUGCAGAAUGUGACUGCGAGGCCGAGAGCAAAGAGGAACAAGUUGGAAGAAGAAGCCAUGUCUAGAUUUGGACUUGGUGGAGGUGUCUAG